GUGACAGUGUGUGUGUGAUCAAAACAAAAAUGACUGGAUAUCGUAAUAUUAUAAGAUUUAACUACACAAAUUCAAAAGUUGAAUUCUAUACCAUCCUUGCAAAGACAAGCUUUAAAAAGUUCGACCAUAAUUACUACAGUGCCAUUAAGGAAAAUCUACUGCAAGUUCAAGAUGAAAAUAAAUCUGACAAACCUACAACUUCACGCGCGAGCGAGACAAAAAAAUCGUUGUACGACAACGAAUACGAACUGUAUAAGGACAGGGAGGCCCUGAUUUUGAUUAAGAAAAGAGAAAACCCAAAUGAUCCCGUAUUAAGGUAUUUACCAUUGGAAGAUUCUUUCGAUGCUCUUAUUACGAUUCACUUGAUGGUUGGCCAUAACAAUACGAAUGAAUUUCUGAAAUUGGUAAAAGAAAAGUACGCGGUCCCUGAAUGCUACGUAGAUUUUAUUCUAAUUGCGUGUAACGUAUGUUGUAAUAAAAAAAAGAAAGAGGAACGUGAACGAAAGUCAAUAAAAGAAUUGAAUGUACCAAAUGAUAACAAACAAGAACAAAAAGAUGAUCACGACAAUGUUAGUACUGAUCAGUACAAUAAGGAUGUGAGAGUCGAAAUUUGUGACAUGACGUUAUAUCGAAUAGAUGGCAACUUCAAGUUCCUAUUAAUAUACGUCGAUAUAAACACGUCUUUCACUUUACUCCGGCCAUUGCUACUGCGGUGUGUUCAAGAAAUUGCCACUGAGAUGCUUAAUAUAUUCUCAGGUUUUGGGCCACCUAAAAACUUAUAUGUUCAUGAUAACGACCAAUCUCUUUUUAAUGAAGUUUUAUCAUUCAUUUACAAUAAUUUUUGCCCGGAGAGUAGCAUGCCUGAUAUAAAGAUUUUCCACAUGAACUUGAACAGCAGUGUCAUAUUAAAUAUGCUCUCCUCGUGGAUGUUAUCGACAGGUCACAAAAAUUGGGGUAUAGCCUGCCAUUUGUUCCAGUGGCAUUUGAAUAAUACGGUAAAAGGGAUUUAUAUUUCUAAAUUAUGUUCGGUUGAAAGAAGAUCAAACGUUGCUCGAAAAACGCCUUAUUUAAGCGUGUUCCAGAAUUCCAUUCCAUUCCAAACUGAUGUUCAGAAAGAGUCAGUAAAGAGAAAGCGGAAAAGAACCGAUAUCGUUAUGUGGGAUGAUAUAAAUGCAAAAAAGAAUGAACAAGAAAAUGUCAGCGAAGACGAUAUCAAUGAAUGGUACAAGGGGAAACCGGCAGUAGUGGAAAGUUAUGAUAUUACUAUUAUAGAAGAAGAUGACGACGAUUCAAAUAAUAUCUGCUGUGUGUGUGAUCGUCAGAUACUCAAAAUAGCCACUUGUCAACAAUGCAGACGAAAUAUACACGCGUUUUGUGGAGAGAAGCCAAAACAUUAUGAAAAUUCUAAAUUAUUAUGCUUUUUGUGUUGUAAAAAGCAAGCAUCUUUACUUCUUUGAAAAUGUCCCAAAUUGGUUGAAAGACAUGGAGUACCGAGUAAGGCAUGUAUCUUCUCGCUCGCACUCGCAUGUUUUGGCGGAAAUGUGUCCCUUUCUACAAUAUUGUUUGUUUGACAACUUAAAACGUCGUUCAUUCAUUCAUUCAAACAUAAAUGAUGGUUGUUUUGAUUAAUAUUUUGUAUUAAGAAUAGAGUUUUAAUUGUUUUAUUAACUUAAUUUGGUUGUAAAGUUAAUUAUACCACAAGAGUUAUUACUAAUACUAAAGUUAACGUGGAAAGUGUGACAAAGUGAAAUUUCUCCAAACAGAAGUUUUUAGGUUAUGUUGUGCACUGAAAAAUUUCUGUUGACACAGAUCCAGAGAAGAUUUUUAAACAACGAAAGAGGAAUUCUAAAUCCAACUGGAAAUGUGCCUAAAUAAGGCUUUUAUCUACUAGACGCAUAAAUGGCAAAAUGGCAUCUUCAUCUAAUGAAUGCAAUGAAGCAGAAAUUGACGUUGACAAAUUCAGAGAAGACUUCUGUGAUACUAUCAGCAAACUCCCCGGUUGUAUGCGUCACAGGGAAUAUGAAAAAGUUGUUAGAAAAUUACAGUUGCCCAGCUACAGAGGCGAAGAAAAGGAAAAGUUUGAUGUUACACAUAAAAGAGGAAAACUAUAUUUAAUUGAUAAAUGCAGCCAAUUAAAUGCACCGAAAAGAAAACACCUGUCAGUAGAAGAUAUGUUUCAAAUUAUCUACGAAGCCCAUUUCCAUGUCGAUGUCAACGGACAUCUUGAUCUAAUACAAAUGCGAGAACUGAUUGCGUAUACACAUCCAAAUUUUGUGAUACCAGCUGAAGCUAUAGAUUGGGUUGUAAAUAAUUGUAAAGUUUGUACACCACAAAAUAGUGACUCCAAAGAAAUAGUAUCAAAUAAUUUCAAAACAGGCCAUAAACACGAUUUUGACAGAAACCAAUAUGUCCAUUAUAAAGUUUUAGUAUCCAUUUGUGACAUGUCAAAAGAGAGUGUUAGGGAUAGUCCUUUUAAAUAUGUUUUGAUAUACAAAGAUGCAGGUUACAAUAGGUCACAUACUUUUAUUUUGUUAAGACCGCUAAUUGAUAAUAGCACUUUUGAAGUAGCUUCGGAAUUAGCGAAAAUAUUUUUUACUUUUGGCCCACCGAGAAAAAUUCUUGUUAACAAAGGUGAAGGUGAAUACUUUGACCGUGUAAAAUGUAAUUUGAGCAAAUUAUGUGGAGAAUGUGAUGUGAUUAUAGGAGUAUGUCCUGAGAGGGCGACGGCAAAAACUGAUAAAUAUGUUGUUGAAAAAAUUUUACAAUGGGAGAAGGAGAUGGGAAGUUCCGAAUGGGCUCUCGGUUGUCACAUUGUUCAAUGGAAACUAAACCAGAAACGAAAGGGAUUGGAAUCACCGUAUGAAAAGAUGUUUAGUGUAACAUGCGAGAAAGGUAAACAAAAAAAGUCAACAACAAGUCCAGAAAUAAUUUAUAUUGAAGAGGACAAAAACGACAAUCACUUGGAUUCCCUUUCUGCUGUCGACGCCCCACCUGUUACUGGAGCUAAAAGUAAUUUGGAGAAUGAAGUUGCGUCACAAGAUAAUAUUGCAAGACGCGAUUCCAAUUUGAUAAGUAUAGAUCAAGUUGAAUCGUUAGAAUCUACUGAAGAUGAAGAUGAUCAGAAUCAACAUCAGCAUUCUCAAAAAGUUUUGUCCUCUGAUGGACAUAAGUCUAAAACAGCAAUUACUUCAAAUUCCAUUGAAGAGGAAAUUUCAUCAUGUCAUAUUCAGAAUCAAUAUGCCCCAAACCCUACUACUUCAAAUUCCAUUGAAGAUGCAAUUUCAUCGUUUCAUAUUCCGAAUCAACACCCUCAAGAGGUUCAAAAAGUUAUGCCCUCCGACGAACAUGACACAAAUACAGCUAAUACUUCAAAUUUCAUUGAAACAGCGAUAGUAGCCGACGAAAAUUGUUCCAUCAUAGUUAAGGAGGAAUCAGAAAAUUUACAGUUAAAUACUAAACUGACUAAAGAUCUAGUAAGAAGUAUUUGCGAUGAUUUCAACAUUGUUUUAUAUCCAAGCGACAGAGAUAUUGCUACGGAUGCAGAGGUUCAAGAGAAACAGAAUAAUAAUUAUGAAAAUAACAAACUUUGUAAGGUGUGCCAAAUUGUAAUAUUAAAAUAUUUUGUGUGCGUCAGAUGCAAGGAAUAUGUUCAUUUAUAUUGCGCAGUGCAACGUAGAACCGCUGAAGAGUCUCAAGUGAUUUGUUUUUUGUGUGCAAGUUUGUAGUGUACACCCUGGACUACAGACUUUUACUCGGCUGAUAGUUUGGUCGGUUUACAAUUUUUAUGAGGAGUCGGCCGACACCAAAUCGGUGCAGUUUGUAAACUUCCAUAAAUGUUCAUACUGAUUAACAGCCCGAACAAACUAUCGGCCGACAAAAAGGCGGUACCAACUUUCAACCUUACUAAAAAUUGUAAGAUAAAGAGUUUUGUCAUGUUGUCGUUCGGUUUGUUGACUUCGUCAUCCAGUCAGCGUCAAAUAGUUCGUGGCACCCAAAGUGGUCUUAAAGUUGACAAUACAAACUUUUUAUUCCGAUUGUAACAAAGACAUGCGGUGCAAACGUUUUGGCUAUUUUGGAUGUCAUGAACUAUUUGACGCUGACUUUACGUAGCUGUAAGAAUAAUGUUAAAAUGCGCUUAGUAAUGUUAUGAAAGCAAUUGUGAUAAUAUUUUAAAUAUUCGUAUUCCUAAUGCUGACUUCUGGCAAGUUUGUUUUCGGUGUAACUUAAGGCAUUCUAUGUACAGUCGACCUCGACAGCACAUAGACUAGGUAAAUUGUUCCAUUAUAGGUUUUUAAUACAACUGCAUAAGAUUCUGCAUGUGUUUAGGUUGAUGUGCCGUCGACUUUACAUAAUUAUUAUUUAAGUGUAGAUAAGAUGUAAUUUCUUCUUCCCUUCCGAAGUAAGGAAGACAGUGUAUUUGGCUGUUAAGUUAAAACUUUGUAAAAUCCUACUACUAUAAAAUUUGUAAAUAAAAUAAUUGUCUAUUUUAUAAAGA